CUUUAUACAGGUUCCAGACAUCUCAAAUCAAUUCUGGCUGUUGAUUCCUCACAAUGACUGACGUGGAGGAACUUUGAACAGGUUCUUAUGGUUUCAUAACUCCUCCUCCACGUGACUUUACUCUACAGUAUCUGCAGUAAACCACACCAAACGUCCAACCUGAAGUGUCAACGUCAGACUGCCUGAUAAAACAGCGCUUACUAUAGAAAGCGCUUCCACCAACCCUUAUAAAGAUGUCUAGUUUUGACCAACUUUUAAAACAAGCUGGAGACUUCGGGUUGUAUCAGAAGAGGAUCUCUCUCCUGGGGUCUUUGCCUAUUUUGCUACUCUCGUUUGUGCUGAUAGGAGUCGUAUUCUUAGGAUACACACCAGAUCACUGGUGUAUAACUUCAGGUCUCCGGGAGAAAUGCGGUUUCUCGGAGCAGCAGGUCCGCGAUCUGACGGUUCCCCGCACGGGGUCGCGCGGCGCCUUCAGUAAAUGCGCGAAGUUUGACGCGCUUUGGAACGGGAGCGCGCUUACAUGUAAUAUCUCCAUUGACCGGUCCACUUUUACCAACAACAGCACACAUCUAUCCUCUUGUAAUGAAGGCUGGGCCUUUAAUGAGAACCGGAGCACCAUUGUAACAGAGUUUUCAUUGGUUUGCGAAGACUCUUGGCUUGCAGACCUGAACCAGGUAUCGUUAGCUGGAGGGUUUUUUAUAGGUGCCCUGGUGACUGGAUACCUAGCAGACAGGUUUGGGAGAAAAUCUUGUUUUAUUGCAUCAAUAUUUGGCCUUGCAGUUUCUGGGAUAUGCAUUAUUUUUUCACCAUAUUACCCCCUCCUCCUGUUUUUUCGAUGUUUGCAAGGCUUUUUCGCCAAAGGUGCAUGGACAGCCACAUAUGUGUUGGUUAUCGAAUUCUUUGGAUCAAACAACAGGAAAUUUGUCUCUGUUAUGUCCCGUACUAUGUACUCACUGGGUCUGGUGCUCCUUCCUGCUCUGGCGUAUUACAUUCCUUCAUGGAAAAACCUACAGCUGGCAAUGACUCUACCAACAUUCAUCUUUCUGAUCUAUCACUGGGUUAUUCCAGAGUCUCCCAGAUGGUUACUGUCACAAAGGAAGACAAAAGAAGCUAUACAAAUUGUUGAGAGCAUCGCCAAGUGCAAUAAAAGAUCACUUCCUGAAGACUUUCAAGAGAUCGAUCUGCUGAUAGAAAAACAAGAGGAAAUUGUUCGCCCUUCAUAUAAAGAUUUAUUUAAGACUCCUGAAAUGAGGAAACACACCCUCAUCUUGAUAUAUGCAUGGUUUACCGGUGCGGUAGUGUUCCAGGGUUUGGUGUUACGUUUAGGAAUCACAGGAGACAAUGUUUUCCUGGAUUUUCUCAUUUCAGCUGUGGUGGAGCUUCCAACUGGAAUUAUAUUUUAUUUCUUAGUUGACCGAAUUGGUAGACGCCCUCUCAUGGCAACAGUCAACUUUAUUGGAGGGGCCGCUUGUUUGGCUGUGCCAUUUAUUCCGCCGAACAUUUCGUGGCUGAAAAGAACCAUUGCGAUAAUUGGCAGACUGGCUGUUGCUAUUGGGAAUGAGACUGUGAAUUUUGCUAAUGCAGAACUGUAUCCAACACCACUCAGAAACUUAGGCGUAUCUGUGUGCUCGUCAGCCAGUGACAUUGGGGCAAUUGUUGCUCCAUUUAUUCUGUACAGAUUAGCUAGUAUUUGGCAAGAGCUUCCCCUCUUUGUCUAUGGGGCCAUGUCAGUUCUGUACAGUGGACUUGUGAUGCUUUUGCCAGAAAUGAGAGGUGUUGAUCUGCCAGAAACUGUGGAUGAUGUGGAAAAUAUGAGAAGCAGGCGCAAACACAAGGAAAAAGAUGGGCCUUCAUUUCCUGAAAUUAACAUUGAAACAAUGAAAGCAACUGAGAGUACAUCCUAGAAAUUAAUUCCUUUACAAACAAUAAAUGUAAUCAGAACAUUUAUGGUUUAUUGUAUAUCCCA